GAAAGAACCUCCAAUGGAGAUUACGAAGAAAUCGAUUAUCGUAUAUUCGAAGCAGUCGAUUACGACAGACUUAUGUCUUGGAAGGCUGGUGACGGUAGAAUAAGUGUUGGUGUUAGGGAAAUGACACAACAAAACGCACGCAUAGAUACAAUUGACGCUCUUUUACCUAGAGGUCGAAGCGUGAUUGUCAACAAAAUGAAUUUCAAAUUAGUUCGGGGGAACUAG